AUGUAUCAACGGUUGGUGGGGAGGCUUAUUUAUCUUUCUCACACUCGGCCAGAUAUAGCGUAUGCAGUGAGCGUGAUUAGUCAGUUCAUGCACAAUCGAAAGAAAGUUCAUUUGCAGGUGGCAUAUAGAGUUUUGCGAUAUCUCAAAGGGACACCAGGUAGAGGCAUCCUUUUUAAGAGGAAUGGAUGGUUAGUUCUUGAGGCGUACACAGAUGCUGACUAUGUUGGGUCAGUUAUUGACAGAAGAUCAACUUCUGAUUAUUGCACCUUCUUUGAUGGAAACCUAGUGACAUGGAAGAAAUAUGGGAUGAGAUAUAACCUUAUAAUUGCCGCUUCUGAGGCUAGGGCUUCUGUAUAUAAACCCAACCCAGGUGUAAUUGUAGUGCAAUAA